AAUUCCAUCCAUCAGACAAACCUCCCCCGUCCUCCUCCUCCUCGUCUCUCUCUAAUCUCCAUUUUCUCGCUCCCCUUUCUCUCUCCAAAUUUCCCUUCGCAAAAACUCUCGCUCUCCAUCUAGAUCCGUCUUCAACCCUUCUUACGUUUCUUCGACGCCUCACAAUUACCAGAGAAUAAACAACAACGAGCAGUCGCCCUCGUCAUCUGUGAGAACUCCCACUUUUUUUUAGGGUUUCACGUAAUUUGAUCAUAUCAGAGAUUCUCGUAAAUUAUUGGGUUCACUUGGUCGCAUAGUGCUUGACAAGAUCCUUUUUUUUUUUUUUUUUUAUAUCUCUGUUCUGGCAAAGAUUUGUUUCGUUACGUGUCGAGUUUUUCAACCUGAUCUGGGUUUUGGGGAACUUGGAUUUGCAAUUGGUCGACGCCGUUUAGGACAAUAAAGUUCCCAUUCUUUUGCAAUUGCUUGCUGCCUUGGAUUAUUUUUUAUGACUUUUUAUUAUUAAUGCUGGAUACGAUUUGAGAAUUUUUGUGGGUUUGGAAGAUUGAGCAAGGGUUGCUUGGUAAUUAUUCUUUCCAUUUACAUAGACAGUUUGAAGGCGGAAUAUUUACCUACAACGAGGCUUCAGGUUUAUCGUAUCGUGUGGUGUUGUUUUGUUGACAUAUUAUGUGAGUUUGCAGUUUGCUUCAUUUGGGUCACCCAUUUUCGGACAUUUGGGAUCCUCUGGCUGAUACCUAGAUUUGAGGUUGUGGAUAUUGAAGAAGUGUGGGAGUUGAACAGUGAUUUGGAGUUGCAAGGAUUGUUUGAACGAAAGUAGUUGCAGUUUAGGAUUCUUUUAGAGGGUUGGAGUUUAUGUUUAGCAAAGGAAUAUGGCUGCGGGUACAGAAUUUUCGCCUCCUUUUACUGUAUUAGAAGGUAGUUAUAGCAAGGAUAAUGUACCGGGGAAGCAAGAUGAAAUUUCUGAGAAUUCGGAUAAUCUGAAGCAAAUGACAAAUGGUAAACCUCCGCGGCACCUAUCAGUUGUACGGCAUUUUAUAAGCUCCGAUGCUGAAGUGGCUGCCAGUGAUUUGGAACUUGAUUUCGGAGCUGCCGUUAUGUUACAGUCAGAUGGAAGAUCAGGCUUUUGCCCUGUGUUUCGAUCAGGAAGUUGCGCUGAGAUAGGACCUAAACAAUACAUGGAGGAUGAGCAUAUAUGUGUAGAUGAUCUACUUGAACAUUUAGGUGCAACUGUAGAUUUUCCUUCGCCCGGAGCUUUCUAUGGCGUGUUUGAUGGCCAUGGUGGUACAGAUGCAGCUUCAUUUAUAAGAAAGAACAUACUCAAGUUCAUUGUUGAGGAAUCCCAUUUUCCUCUUUGUACAGAGAAAGCAGUUAAAAACGCUUUUGUCAAGGCUGAUCAUGCAUUUGCAGAUGAUAGUUCUCUUGACAUCUCCUCUGGCACCACUGCUCUGACUGCUCUCAUUUUUGGAAGGACGAUGCUUAUUGCCAAUGCUGGGGAUUGCCGAGCCGUUCUGGGGAAACGAGGUAAAGCAAUUGAGUUAUCCAAAGAUCACAAGCCCAAUUGCUCAUCAGAAAGGCUAAGAAUAGAAAAACUUGGCGGAGUCGUAUACGAUGGCUACCUAAAUGGCCAAUUAUCUGUGGCACGUGCACUGGGGGACUGGCACAUGAAGGGCCCCAAAGGUUCUGCCUGCCCCUUGAGUGGAGAGCCAGAGUUGCAGGAGACCCUAUUGACUGAGGAAGAUGAGUUCCUAAUAAUGGGCUGUGAUGGGCUCUGGGAUGUGAUGAGUAGCCAGGGUGCUGUGACAAUGGCAAGAAAAGAACUGAUGCUUCACAAUGAUCCUGAGAGAUGCGCGAGAGAGCUGGUUAGGGAAGCACUCAAGCGGAAUACAUGUGAUAAUUUGACUGUCGUCGUCGUUUGUUUUUCCGCAGAUCCUCCACCUCGUAUAGAGAUACCCCAAACUCGUCUCAAGAGGAGCAUAUCGGCUGAAGGGUUGAAUUUUCUUAAAGGUAUUUUAGACAGCAAUUCGUGAGAGAAUGCUGAAAGGUUUGUAAAAGGGUCUUGUACAGGGAGAUGGGGGUUAAUGGGUGUGCUGCUGAUGGCUUGGGUAUAGUUGAUAUUUGGCUGCCUUGUUCUGGGAUUUAAUCGAGGAAGAUAGUUUUGGGGUUUUGAUUUGUGAAUGUCGUUGUACAUCUAAUUAGGUCAGUCAUGUUGUAUCAAUGUGAGAAAUCAUUUUCUAA